AAGAUUUUCAGAACUGGUUUGCCCUUGUCUUCUUCCUUUAUACCAAACUGGGUCUCCUUCCCCAAUUAGUGUUCUGUAAAUGUUUCGGCCAAGGACUCCCAGAUUUCCCAGCAAGCGUGGGAUCCAUGGGAAUACUUGGAGUUUUCCUCCUAGCAAGAUAAAGGAAUAUAUAGAAUGCAAUAUUUGACUUGUUUUUGUUUUUCAAACAAGGCAGCAGAAAGAAGGAGGGGGAAAAGAAUGUUGCCCAAGUUGCUGAUGAAGCCCUAAACUCUGAAGAGCAAGUUAAAUUUCAUCUAAUAAAAGUCACUGACCUUUUUCUCAAUCAUAUGCAGUCUUAUGGUCAGAAGACCUCUCCAAGAGAUGUGUAAUGUCCAAAGAAUAAGGAUAAAACUCUUAUCACUGGGAUUCCUAAACUAAUCCAGUUUUUAUUCUAGAUUUUUGGGGGGUGGUUGUUGAGUGGCUGCUGAAUUAAAAGACAACUGCAUCUUGCCUUCAGUGAUUUUUACACAGAUAAAUUUAUUUUUCCCACUUUUUUUUUUUAUUACCCAAUCUCCCUUUUAAUUUGGUCUUUUUACCCCUUCUUAGCAGCCUCAUUAAGGGACUGAACUAGGGAUCAGUCUGUUCUGUAGCAGUUAGAUUGGAGAAUUGACUGGGCUAUCUCAGAAUGAAAGAGUGAGAUCCUGAAGGGGUAGAAUGGAAUUUUAGAUAGGGUGGGGGGAAGCUGUAGGAGAAAAAUGUCCCUGUAGGUAGAUGGACACAGUGGACCCGGGUCUAUUGCUACUGUUAUUGUCAUGUGUCAUUAUUAUAUUUGUAGGGAGUAUUUUAUACUGUGGCAACAUUUACCUGAUCAUGGCUCACCUAGAAAGCAAAGUUAAGCUUAGUAUAUGAAUGGGGGGCUACCUGAGAAUUCUAGUUAGCUGUUAAUUAGACUGGGCUGUCAAAAGAACAUCUCAGAAGACAAUGGCAAACCACAGUUAUAUUGUAGCCAAGAAAACAACAUGGAUGUGUCUGUGUGAGUCAUCAGGAAUUGAGUUGAACUGGAAGGCAUCUUUAUUUUAAACAAGUGCUAACAAUUUACAAUUGCUGUACCAACACAUUCAUUGAAUGUGCGGACCAGAAAUAUUCCCUAUUCUAUGCAGAUAUUCAACCUGCUGUUUGUGGUUCCGAUUUAGGUCACUUAACCUAGCUUGAAUUAAAGCAGGGAAUUAGGAUUUAAGGGAGUGCAUUCAAGAAAAAAAAUGAAGGAAAGAAGAGAUGUGUAGUAUUUCAUCACAAUCUUUCAAGCUAGCCUUCUUCAACCUGGUACCUUCUAAGCAUACUGGACCACAACUUCCAGAAUUCCCUGCCAGUAUGGUCAAAGCCAUCUGGAUGGCAUCAAAUUCGGGAACGAUGUUCUCCAAUCUAUUUGAUGAAAUGAUGUUUCCAUAAUUGAGUCUUCAUUUCAGGAAAAGUUUGAUAUUUGGAACUCUAAUGAAACACUUCAGAUAGUAUAGCAUCUUAAAUUAUAAGAAGAAUAGGCCACAAAUUCUCAGGCAAAAGAUAAGAUCCUUUUUUGGCCUGGGGUUUGACAGUAGCUAAUCCCCACGCAUUGUUAGUCUCUCAGAUGUGCCAUGGAGUCUUCCUCGAAUUUAAAUUGGGUAUAAAGCCAGCAUCCUCUAGACAUCUUCACCUACAUUGCUCUUGGUCAUGCAAGCAGCAGCUGGCUAGCACUGAGGCCUAAACUAUAGUGAGCCUGUCCCUAAUUUAAAGAAAUCCUUUGGUCAGACUUCAAAUUUGAUGCUUCCUUUUCUUGAGAUACUUCUUGGAAUAACAUGAGCAAGGUAGUGCUGCUUUGACCCUUGAUCGGCAGGUGAGGUCAUAAGAGAUAAUGGGUUUAUAUUUGAGUUCACAACAUAACCUUGGCAAUUCUGGUCAGUGACCAUAAUGGAAAAUAUUCAACAUUACCUUGGCAAGCUUAAUGGAUUUUCUCUUGCUUGGAGAACGUAGCUUCCUGACAGCUUUCUUUCAUCCUAGCAACUGGAUGGCUUCUAAUGCCAAUCUCAAGCUGGACAAAGGAAUUCUGCUGGAGGAUGGGAUGCCAGCUGCAAAGAAGCCUAGGAAACUGUUGCCAAGUCUAAAAUGCAAAAAGCCCCAGGAUCUCGUCCUGGUGAUUGGAACAGGCAUAAGUGCAGCAGUCGCUCCUCAAGUGCCAGCCUUGAAGUCUUGGAAGGGCUUAAUCCAGGCCCUGCUGGAUGCUGCAAUUGACUUCGACCUUCUGGAGGAGGAGGAGAGGAGAAGAUUUCAGAAGUGUCUCGAGGACAAUAAAAACCUCAUCCAUGUUGCUCAUGACCUGAUCCAGAAACUGUCUCCUCGCACAAGCAAUGUCCGUUCUUCAUUUUUCAAAGACUGUUUGUAUGAGGUCUUUGAUGACCUGGAGUCCAAGAUGGAAGACACUGGGAAGCAACUCUUGAGAUCAGUGCUUCACCUGAUGGAGGAUGGUGCCCUUGUUCUGACCACAAACUUUGAUAACCUACUGGAAAUUUAUGCAGCUGAUCAAGGGAAGGAGCUUGAAUCUCUUGACCUCACUGAUGAGAAAAAGGUCCUUGAGUGGGCGCAGGAGAAGAGGAAGCUGAGUGUCCUUCAUAUUCAUGGAGUCUACACCAAUCCCAGUGGAAUAGUGCUUCAUCCAGCUGGUUAUCAGAAUGUCCUACGCAAUGUAGAAGUUAUGCGGGAGAUCCAGAAGUUGUACGAAGCCAAAUCUUUCCUGUUCCUAGGCUGUGGUUGGACUGUGGAUGACACAACCUUCCAAGCCCUCUUCUUAGAAGCUGUGAAACACAAAUCAGAUCUAGAGCAUUUUAUGCUUGUACGUCGUGGGGAUGUGGAUGAAUUUAAGAAACUCCGGGAGAACAUGCUUGACAAAGGGAUUAAAGUCAUCUCCUAUGGGGAGGAAUACGCAGACUUGCCUGAAUAUUUUGAGAGGCUGGCAAAUGAGAUCUCCAUCCGGGGUCAAGUGGGUCCACUUCAGGAGGGACAACUGAAUGGCAGAGUUACCGUGCGUAUUGAAAGCAAAGGGAGGAAUACUUUUUAAAAAGGGAACUUCCAUGUUUCACAAGACACCUUAGCCUGAGUAAGAACUCUCUGAACUAUAGAAGAAACCUGAUUUGGUCAGGUGAAACAAAUUGUGUGUGCUUCCUUGUGAGGAGUAACUAGGGUAAUAUCCAGGUGUUUGUCCAUUCAGUUGCCAGGGGUUGGACUCAACUGGAUGGGACCCACAGGGCACAUGGAUACUGUUCCUGAUUAAUUCUGCGUUCCUGCAGAAAACGCUCCUGAUCACUUAAUAGACCCCUUGUGCUUAGGAACAGGAAGCACAUUCAACAACAUAUGUUCCCAGUUCUGUUUGUUGCAAGAUCCCCUUGUCAAAAACUGCCUAGCCUGUUUCAGCAUCAAGGAUCCAUGGGUGAGAAGUAUCAUUUCUGCUAAGAGAAGUAAUGUGAUGCAUAGAAGAUCUGCCUUUCAUUUGUAGACUGUGAUCCUCUCACCCAUCACACUUACAAGGCAGAAUUUCUCAAAGCUGUCGUAAGUUAUCACUCCAUAAACUUGAUGUUGUAUGAGGAUGGAUCUCAUUGUUGCGAGAGUUGGUGAUUUGCCAUAUGGUUGGUAAACUUGAACACGUGCCUUUUCAGUCUUCUGGAAGCUAGCUUGUUAAUCAUUUUGGCCAUUUGUGUGGUUACCAGCCCUUCAUGGUUCUCCACAUUCUUAUAACAUCUCCCUUCAGUAAGGACAGACAAUAUCUGAAGAUACUGACUACUCAGGGAGUAACUGAGAGCGCUUGGCAUAUUGCUAGAGCAACAGUGACAUGCUGACUGGAGGAAUUCUGGGAGUUGAGGUCCACACAUCUUAAUGUUGCUGAGGUUGAGAAACACUGCCGUAGAUUAAGGCAUUAUGCUGGGAACUCCUUCUAAGACAUGAGAUUUUCCCAGGGAUGUGUGAUGAAGAUAUGUUGAUCAAUGUGAUCUCAUUUUUCAUUUAGGUUUUGUAACAGUAAGGAAAUCUAGCUUCUCCUUAAAACUGAGAAUUUAUUACUACUAUUUUGAUAUUCUGUAAAGGUUUAGACUGAACCACAUGAGCAUUUUAAAAAAAAAAAAGUCAAGCUCUAAUUUUCUAAAUCUUUCUUUUAUACAUUGUAUAAAUCUGAAGCUGGGAUUUUUAAAAGUUCAUUUGUCUGAUUUACAUGGGCUUUUCAUAAAUUAUGGCUGCUAAUGAUGAUGAUGGCCUGCAUAAUAUGCACACUUUUGGUUAACUAACCCAUGGUUUACAUAACUACCCAAUUUUCUGGGUUUGCACAAUACAGUGCACUAAAAUAUAGUUGGCUAAUUUGUGCUUCAGCUGUUUGCUGCGGUUAAGAAUGCUGGUCUGAAGCUAGCUUGGCUGGACACAUUAACCAUAUUUUGUCUGCUUUCAUAUAUUACUAAAUUGUGACCUUUUAAGCUAUUGUUUGCUGAAUAAACAAAUGUCAUGGUUUGUAUGUGAUACUAAGCCAGAAAUAAACCACAUGAAGGCUUGAUGCUUGUGUGUUCAUCUGGUCUUUAAUAGUCUAAGUGGCAUAACAGACUCUGGAUCAGCAAAAGUCUUCUGAUUUUUGUUUCAGCCUGUCCAGUGAGGAGGUGGCUGGGCAGGGAACGUAUUCCUUAUUCCUGCUUGUUCAGAUGAGAUUAAACUAUGGGAUUAAAGUAAUGUGGGAAUGUAUCCAGUCGCAACAGCUUCUGUGAAUCCUGCUGCUGUAAGGCUGGAGGUCCUCCUAAAAUGAUCCUGCAGUUGGGACUAGCAGGAGCAGAGGAACUGAAAGUGAGCAAGCUGUGUACUCAGAAAACCUGUCCGUCAGUCAUGCUGGAUCUUAGAGAAGUCGGCUUUUCAAAGUCCAGGAAGACAAAGAAAAGGUUUUAGAAAUUUUAUUAUAUAAAUUUUCAGCAGGCAGCGUUCAACGUAUUGCACUAGAGCACAUCUGCAGUGCCGAGCUACCAAGGCGUCUUCAUGGAGACGUUGGUGUUAUUCAACACAGCACUUUAUACUGGGAUCAAGAGGCACUCUGAGAGGGGAGGGGAGGGGAGGGGAGGGGGAGGGGAGGGGAGGAAGGCAGCAGGCAGCCACCAGCAUAAUCCCCAGGAGAGGAGGAGGAGAAAGAAGCAGACAGGUUGGUUUGGAAAGCAAAAGCCAGUGCAGGUGGAGUGGCAUGCAGUGGCUCCUGCUGGCUGUUUGUGUAUCUCUCCCCCUUGAUGGGUGAGGUGAGGCAGUGACUUCCAGAACCAGCUUCUUUAUGGGAGUGGGAAACCCACUCCUGAGGCCGAAAGCUCAUCUGUCAGAAUUAAAAUCCAUCCAAGGACUUAUUUUUCCCUUUAGGGAAAGGACCCUGUUGGCUGGGGGAAGGGGCCAGAUAAAGGAACUGUCCUCAGAGAACCAUCAGGAACACAACCACCUGCUUCGCCUGUGUGGAUUGAAGAUCGUGUGCAAAGUUGCCACGUAGGGUCAUCACAGACAAUUCAGACAAGCUUAAUGUAUAAGGGCUUGACAAGGCGACUUUGUGAAGGAAUCAGCAGCCCUCACACUCAUACUUCCUCCUCCUAGAACAAAAAGAUUUACCCUUACUCUGUUGUUUUUUCUGAUCUGCAGUUGGGGUGCUGUUGUGAUCAAAACCAGCUUACGAAGCCUAUGUCAUGAGCAACCUCUCUCUGCUCUAUACAAUAAUCAGGGACAGCUAAUUUACUGCUAGAUGCCUUUCUCCAGGCAUCACCCCUUUUGCUUUUGACUCUCCCCCCCCGCCCCAAAUGUAAUCCAGAGUGGCUGCUCAAGCCCAAGGCAGAGUCUGAAGUAUGUCAGCAAGUCCAAGGGCUGGAGCACAACUCUCUUCCCCAGCUCUUGUGACACCACUAACCCAGGAUGAGCUGGAGGGAGGGAGGGAGGGAGGGAGGGAGGGAGG